AGGAAAUAAAAGUAAACGGAAGAGAGGUGCGUGAGGCUUAGAAUCCUGCAGAAGAUCCCAAAAACCCCAAAGAAUCCUGAAAUAUUUCUAACUAAUCCCUAAUUACACCCCCUCCCCCAUCCUCUUUAAACCAACCCACCCCCACGGACUCUCUCUCUCCCCCUCUCCCCUCCACAGCGGAUCAAUGGAUCCAACGCCGGCCGCCUCGCCGUCGGCCAACUCCCGACUCGGCCGGUUCAACUCGGCCGUCGCCAGCUCUUGGCUCGGGAAGCGGUUCAAGCUCGCCGAGCGCGGCUCCACCUUCACGACCGAGCUCCGCGCCGGCACUGCCACCUUUCUGACCAUGGCCUAUAUUCUCGCCGUCAACGCCUCCAUACUCACCGACUCCGGUGCCACCUGCUCCGUCUCCGACUGCGACAACCCCUCGCCGACGUGCAAGUUUCCGCCGGUCGACGCCGGAUACGCCGCCUGUCUCGACCGCGUCCGCCGGGACCUCAUCGUCGCCACAGCCGCCUCCUCCAUCAUCGGCUCCGUCAUCAUGGGCGCCUUCGCCAACCUCCCCCUCGCCCUCGCCCCCGGCAUGGGCUCCAACGCGUACUUCGCCUACACCGUCGUCGGAUUCCACGGCUCCGGCAACCUCUCCUACGGCAACGCCCUCGCUGCCGUCUUCCUCGAGGGUCUCCUCUUCCUUCUCAUAUCCGCACUCGGCUUCCGCGCGAAGCUUGCCAAGCUCGUCCCCCGCCCGGUCCGUAUCUCUUCCCCCGCUGGUAUCGGACUCUUCUUGGCCUUCAUCGGCCUCCAGAACGACGAGGGCGUCGGCCUUGUCGGCUACUCUUCGUCGACGCUCGUCACCCUCGCCGCCUGCCCUCGCGACGCGCGCGCCUCCCUCGCCCCCGUGCGCUCCUUCUCCAAUGGCACCGUCGAGCUCAUCCCCGGCGGCACAGUCUCCGGCGACAUCCUGUGCCUCCACGGCCGCAUGGAGAGCCCCACCUUCUGGCUCGCCGUCGUCGGCUUCCUCAUCAUCGCCUUCUGCCUCAUCAAACGCAUCAAGGGCGCCAUGAUCUACGGCAUCGUCUUCGUCACCGCAGUCUCCUGGUUCCGCGGCACCGCCGUCACCGCCUUUCCCGACACCCUCGCCGGCGACGACUCCUACAACUACUUCAAGAAGGUUGCCGACGUCCACCCCAUCCGCUCCACUGCCGGCGCCCUCAGCUUCUCCGGCAUCGGCCGGGGCCAUUUCUGGGAGGCCCUGGUCACCUUCCUCUACGUCGACAUCCUCGACACCACCGGGACCCUCUACUCCAUGGCCCGCUUGGCCGGAUUCGUCAACGACAAAGGCGACUUCGAGGGCCAGUACUUCGCCUUCAUGUCCGACGCCACCGCCAUCGUCGCCGGCUCUCUCCUAGGCACCUCGCCGGUGACGGCGUUCAUCGAGUCGUCCACGGGGAUAAGAGAAGGCGGAAGAACCGGGCUGACGGCGUUGACGGUGGCGGGGUAUUUUAUGCUGUCAUUCUUCUUCACGCCGCUGCUGGCGUCGAUACCGGCGUGGGCGGUGGGCCCGCCGCUGGUCCUCGUCGGGGUGCUGAUGAUGAAAUCGGUGGCCGAGAUCGAUUGGGACGACAUGAAGGAGGCGAUCCCGGCGUUCUUGACGCUAAUCUUGAUGCCACUAACGUACUCCAUCGCCUACGGGCUCAUCGGCGGGAUCGGUACCUACAUCGUGCUCCACUCCUUGGACUGGGCCUGGGCCGCGCGGGCCCACCUCGGCCUUGGGCCCCACUGAUAAGACCGCCGUGGCGGUUAAUAACGGAAAAGGGAACGAGGUCUGAGCUUCCUCAUGAGAAAAGAUUGGGAUAGAUAGGAGGAACUGUACUCAUAGAUUUCUGUCUUUAUUAAAAAAAUUUACUUUUUCCUCCCAGCCUUAUUUAUCUUAGUUAAAUAAGUAGAUAUUUGGGAAAUGUAAAUAGGCAACUGUUGUUUAGAAACUUAGGAUAAUAUAGAGAUUAUUUUUCUUAAUUUAGAACUUCUCACCAUGUAUACCACUAUAAAUAUCUUAUCACCUUGCAAAUUUACCACUCAUUAUAAAAAGGAUUUCUUUUCUAUA